AUUGGAUCCCACUUCUUAUUUAAUAUAUUUGCAUAUUUUUGUUAUGUAACAUUUUUCCCUUGGUUUUUUAAUUUAUAUCCAAAAUUUUUAUGUUUUGUAUAUUAUUAUAAUCAAGUUGAAAUCAGUGCACAUUUAAAUUAUAUUUAAAUACCGACUUCCCUUUACCUUUUCGAAAUUUUCUUUAUUUUUAUUUCACUCGAUCCAUUAUCUAUUAUACGAGAUAGCUAAGUUUCUAAUCUUUGCCCUCGUUUACAUAUUUAAACCCUUUGAUCUUUAAAGCAGAUUUUUUCAGCAACCCAUUUCAAUUUCAUUAUUUUUGAUACUUUUUAUAUUAUGACUUCCAAAGGUUCACACAUAAGGAAGCAAUGUGAUUUUACAAAACUUCUAAUGGCCGGUUAUGACCUGGAAUUGGUAAACGGCAGCACGCAGGAGUUCAACGUUACCUUUCACGGUCCUAACGGAACUAUAUAUGAGGAUGGAGUGUGGCAAGUCCACGUUAUACUACCUGAUGACUACCCAUUCGCGUCACCCUCAAUAGGAUUUAUGAAUAAAAUGCUACAUCCUAAUGUAGAUGAGUCGUCGGGGUCGGUGUGCCUCGAUGUAAUAAAUGAAACAUGGACGCCAAUAUAUAGCUUGGUCAACGUUUUUGACGUUUUCCUACCGCAGUUAUUAACAUACCCAAACCCAUCGGAUCCACUAAACAAUGAGGCAGCGGCACUCAUGAUGUUGGAUAAAACAACAUACGAAGAGAAAGUUAGAGAGCAUGUAAGAAUACACGCUAGUAAAGAAAUGUGGGAGAAAAGGAGAGGAUUUACUAAUCAAGAAUCAUUAUCCGUUGCUAAUGAUGGAGAACCGAGUGACAUAGAGAGCACAGUGGAUGAAGCAGACCUAGAAGACUUCUAACCCCUAAAUUCCAAUCAAAUUUAUUUUUUAUCGUUUUUAUCACUCGGCUUCUCCAAUUAGGAUUCUUACCUUUCUAUCGCACUUUUCUGUUUUCACCGCUUUAUUUCACAAAACCUUUAUAUUUUAAUCAUUUUUAAUUU